AUGGGGAACCGGGGAAUGGAGGAUCUGAUUCCUCUGGUGAACCGCAUGCAGGAUGCCUUCUCCGCCAUCGGGCAGAACUCGAACCUGGACCUGCCCCAGAUCGCCGUGGUGGGCGGCCAGAGUGCGGGCAAGAGCUCGGUGCUGGAGAACUUCGUUGGGAAGGAUUUCCUUCCCCGUGGUUCUGGCAUUGUGACUCGUCGUCCUUUGGUUUUGCAGCUGAUGAACUGCCCCACAGAAUAUGCUGAGUUCCUCCACUGUAAGGGCAAAAAGUUUGUGGAUUUUGAUGAGGUCCGGCAGGAGAUCGAGGCCGAGACUGACCGCAUCACCGGGGCCAACAGGGGCAUCUCCCCUGUGCCCAUCAACCUGCGUGUCUACUCCCCUAAUGUCCUGAACCUGACCCUGGUGGACCUGCCGGGGAUGACCAAAGUGCCGGUGGGCGACCAGCCUGCAGACAUCGAGGCCCAGAUUAGAGAAAUGCUGAUGCAGUUUGUCACCAAGGAGAACUGCCUGAUGCUGGCUGUGUCCCCGGCCAACUCUGAUCUGGCCAACUCUGAUGCUUUAAAGAUUGCCAAAGAGGUCGACCCUCAGGGUAUGAGGACAAUCGGUGUGAUCACCAAGUUGGACCUGAUGGACGAGGGGACAGAUGCUAAGGACAUUCUGGAGAAUAAGCAUCUCCCGCUCAGGAGGGGCUACAUCGGUGUGGUGAACAGGAGCCAGAAAGAUAUUGAUGGCAGGAAGGACAUCAAUGCUGCCAUGGCUGCUGAGAGGAAGUUUUUCCUAUCCCAUCCUUCAUACAGACACCUGGCAGACCGUAUGGGCACCCCCUACCUCCAAAAGAUCCUCAAUCAGCAACUUACCAACCACAUUCGGGACACCCUGCCAGGCCUGCGGGCCAAGCUGCAGAGUCAGCUUCUCUCCAUAGAGAAGGAGGUGGAGGAAUACAAGAACUUCAGACCGGACGAUCCAUCUCGCAAGACCAAGGCUCUGCUUCAGAUGGUGCAGCAGUUCUCCGUGGACUUUGAGAAAUGUAUAGAGGGCUCCGGGGACCAGAUAGACACAGCUGAGCUCUCAGGUGGUGCCAGGAUCAAUCGCAUUUUCCAUGAACGCUUCCCCUUCGAACUGGUCAAGAUGGAGUUUGAUGAGAAAGAGCUCCGCAAGGAGAUCAGCUACGCCAUCAAGAACAUUCAUGGAAUCAGGACGGGGCUGUUCACCCCUGACCUGGCCUUUGAGGCCAUAGUGAAAAAGCAGAUCCAAAAGCUGAAGGAGCCCACACUGAAGUGUAUAGAUAUGGUUGUGAGCGAACUCACCUCCACCAUACGAAAGGGUAGUCAAAAGCUGGCUCAGUAUCCCCAGUUGAGAGAGGAGAUGGAGAGAAUCGUCACCCAGCACAUCAGGGACAGAGAAAACCGCACUAAGACCCAGGUGUUGCUGUUGAUAGACAUUGAGUUGUCCUACAUGAACACCAACCAUGAGGACUUUAUUGGAUUUGCAAACGCUCAGCAGAGGAUCAACCAAAUGAACAAGAAGAAAGCAGCUGGCAACCAGGAUGAGAUCAUGGUGAUCAGGAAGGGUUGGCUGACCAUCAACAACAUCAGCAUCAUGAAGGGAGGAGCCAAGGAGUACUGGUUUGUCCUCACCGCCGAGUCCAUGUCCUGGUAUAAAGACGAUGAGGAGAAGGAGAAGAAGUACAUGCUGCAGGUGGACAACCUCAAGCUGCGGGAUGUGGAGAAAGGCUUCAUGUCCAGCAAGCACAUCUUUGCCCUCUUCAACACCGAACAGAGAAACGUGUAUAAGGACUACCGUCAGCUGGAGCUGGCCUGUGAGAGUCAGGAAGACAUCGAUGCCUGGAAGGCCUCCUUCCUCAGAGCUGGAGUUUAUCCUGAACGGGUCAUGGAUAAGGAAGGAAAGAGUGACGGCGGUGAUGAAAAUGGCUCUGACAACAUAAUGCACAGCAUGGACCCUCAGCUGGAGCGGCAGGUGGAGACCAUUCGUAACCUGGUUGACUCCUACAUGGCCAUCGUCAACAAGACCGUCCGGGACUUGAUGCCGAAGACCAUCAUGCACCUCAUGAUUAACAACACUAAAGAGUUCAUCAACGCAGAGCUGCUGGCCCAGCUGUACUCGUGCGGUGACCAGAACACGCUGAUGGAGGAGUCUCAGGAGCAGGCCCACCAUCGUGACGAGAUGCUGCGGAUGUACCACGCCCUGCGGGAGGCCCUCGGCAUCAUCGGUGACAUCAGCACAACCACGGUAACCACCAACAUGCCACCUCCAGUGGAUGACUCCUGGCUGCAGGUGCAGCGCGGCAACUUAGGAGGAAGGUCUCCAGCCACCAGUCCAACUCCAAACCGCAGGGCCCCACCGGGACCUCCGGGCCGCCCGGUCUCUCGUGGGCCUCCACCUGGGCCUCCUCCCGCCGGUGGACCCCCUGUUCCCUCUCGCCCGGGGGCUUCUCCUGACCCCUAUAGCGGGCCACCACCCAAUGUGCCCUCCCGGCCUAACCGCGCACCCCCCAGUGUGCCUAGUCGGAGACCCCCACCUUCUCCAACCCACUAGACCUCUAAGCUCCUCCUUCCCUCCGCCCGUCCCACCU